AUGGGUAGACCAUCGUCCAAAUCAUCUAUUGAAAAAUGCUGCUCGUCGGCGAACGAUGGUGUUCAGCGGUCCGAACAACAUGUUGGAAGUGAUCAAAAGAUUUCACCGACUCGAUCAUCGAUUGUGAGUCAGUUUCUGGAUAAACUGUCACCAAAUGAAUACAAAUGUAAAUUAUGCUCCAAGACGUACCGCUGUGGAACAGGGACAAAUGUCAACAUCCGUCGCCAUUUAGCGAAGCUCAUGGGAAAACGAAUUUGUACUCUAAAAGCCAAGUGCUGCGCAACCCUGAUUCGAUCGCUCCAGAGAAAAAACGGAGGUUCAAUGAAGCUGCCAUCAAAGCCAUUAUUUUGGAUUCUCGUUUAUUUGGAGACUUUCCUGCAAGUUGCAAUGCCGGGAUACAAAGGUCCUACUGCUCGGACAGUUCAGAGGAAUUUGAAGACUCAGUACAAUAUCAAAAAGGAGGCAAUGAUACAGCAGUUGAAAAAUAUUCAACACAUCUCCAUUACGACUGACACGUGGUGCAGUGGUCGGAAACGCCAUUAUUUAUGCAUUACAGCUCACUUCGUUUCAUCGGACUACGAACAACGUGGGACUAUUCUGAGCUUCCGUCAAUUUCACGGAAGAAGCUUUGCUAUGCGUCUACGACGACAUGUUCGCACGGUGUUGGCUAUGUACGGAUUAGACAACGGGAAGAUAUAUGCGACAACAACUGACAACGGUACUGAUAUUCGCAAGGCCACGCAACAGAUGAGUGUCUUCGGUGUUCGUCUUCACCACAUCACACAUGGACUGAACCUGGUCGUUCAGAUGUCCCUGAAUCUGUGCCCAAAAGUGAAGCGAACGACAUGUAAAACUUCCUCAUCAUCUUCGGCCGCAAAGAGCGAAGCCAACGACGAAGAAUCCACCGCUGAUAGACCAUCCAAUCACAAUUCCACUGGUGAGCAGUCUAGUCAGGAAGAUAGCGAUGGUGUCCAAGACCUCGAUAGUGCUGAUGAUUGGUCUGAUUUGGAUGAUGAGGAGGUCGUGGCAUUAGGCUUACAAUAUGUCGGUGUUCUCAUGACGAAAUGUCGCAAAUUCAUUGUUACUAUUCGGAAAUCAAGCAUCCUCAAUGACGCUCUUCUGAAGUUGGCACGUGAUGUGGUUUCAGUCGAGCUAGUUCAAAACAUGAAGAUCCGGUGGAACUCCACCUAUAAAAUGAUUCAGCGUCUGCUUCUCUAUCAAAAUGUUCUUGGAACGUUUUACGACAAUCUCGAUACAAUCGACGGUGUGACGGUGGGGCAGCGCAAGAAACUCAUUGAAUCGAAACUCGCAACUACCCUGCCCUGUGGAUAUCUCUGCGAAGGAAGCAAUCCUAAUCAAAGAAAACUUCAAUAG